UUGACCUUCCUGACGAUGAGCCUCUCCCGUCUCUUCCAGGAAUGCAUCCUGUCUGGGAUCAUGUCCGUCAAUGGCAAGAGGGUCCUUCACAUGGAUCGUAAUCCCUACUACGGAGGGGAAAGCUCUUCGAUCACUCCUCUGGAGGAGCUUUACAGCCGGUUCGGACUGUCGGAAUCUCCCCCUGAAUCCAUGGGGCGUGGCCGGGACUGGAAUGUGGACCUGAUCCCCAAGUUCUUGAUGGCCAAUGGCCAGCUGGUGAAGAUGCUGUUGUACACAGAGGUCACCCGCUACCUCGACUUCAAAGUGGUGGACGGAAGUUUCGUCUACAAAGCCAACAAGAUCUACAAGGUGCCCUCCACAGAAGCGGAGGCACUGGCUACCAAUCUGUUGGGCAUGUUCGAGAAGCGGCGAUUCCGGAAAUUCCUGUUAUUUGUGGCCGCCUACGACGAGAACGACCCCAAGACCCAGCAGGACAUGGACCCUGUGAAGAGCACCAUGCGUGAUGUGUACAAGAAGUUUGACUUGGGCCAGGACGUCAUGGACUUCACCGGGCAUGCCCUGGCACUCUACAGGACUGACGAUUACGUGGACCAGCCUUGCCUGGAGGCCAUCAACCGCAUCAAACUAUACAGCGAUUCGCUGGCGCGCUACGGCAAGAGCCCAUACCUGUACCCGCUGUACGGGCUGGGGGAGCUGCCACAGGGAUUUGCCAGGCUGAGUGCGAUCUAUGGCGGCACAUACAUGCUGAACAAGCCGGUGGAUGAGCUGGUGCUGGAAAACAAUAAAGUGGUGGGCGUCAAGUCAUCAGGCGAGGUGGCACGCUGUAAGCAGCUGAUCUGUGACCCCAGCUACGUUCCUGAUCGCGUGCGGAAGGCCGGGCAGGUGAUCAGGGUCAUCUGCAUCCUCAGCCACCCCAUCCGCAGCACCAGUGACGCCGCCUCCUGCCAGAUCAUCAUCCCCCAGAACCAGCUCGGCCGCAAAUCUGAUAUCUACAUCUGCCUGAUCUCGCACACUCACAAUGUGGCUGCCCAGGGCAAAUACAUCGCUAUUGUCAGCACCACGGUGGAGACGGCGCAGCCAGAGGUGGAGAUCCAACCUGCCCUCGAUCUCCUUGAGCCCAUUGACCAGAAGUUCGUGGCCAUCAGUGACCUGUACGAGCCGCUGGACGAUGGGACGGAGAGCCAGAUCUUCAUCUCGCAGUCGUACGACGCCACCACUCACUUUGAGACCACCUGUAAUGACAUCAAGGACAUUUACCGGCGGAUGACGGGCAGCGAAUUCGAUUUCGAGAACAUGAAACGCAAGCAGAAUGACGUCUUCGGCGAGGACCAGCAGUAGGGAGUGGCCACCCAAGGGGUGGGGGUUCAGGCACCUGUCUCCUCCCCCCCCACCCCAUAUCCUCAGCCCCAUCAGCCCUCUUUGAGUGGAUUAAUGAGAUGGGAGCUUUACACCCCACUGGUGGCCUGAUGCCCUAUCCUCAUUUACCCCCUUCCUGCCCCAAUAAGAUCAUGCUGAGGUGUCUUUUGCUGGGCUCCUCCACAUUCUGUCUCUCUGGGCCAGCCCCUGUGAGGCCCUGGCCUCGUUUACCCCUUCAUUGCCCCUACCCCUUCACCCUGCCCCAAUGGGAUCAUGCUGAGGGUCUCUCACUGGAGAAACCGUGGGCUCCUCUACACCUUCUGUCUCUGGGCCAGACCCUGUGAAUUAACUGAAUAAAUAUCAAUGCUGAAUUCAGCC